AUGCAGGUGGUCGAGCCAGACGGUACUAUCCGCGAGCUGACGCGUGGUGAUGCAUUCGGUGUACGGUUGGAUCGACCGGACCGUGUUCAUCGAGGCACAAUGCGUACAGUGACCGAGGAUUGUCAGUUUGUCUGGGUUCCUCAGGCCGACUAUAUGCAAAUUAUGAGUCGCGAAGGUGAGGCGGAAAUUCCCGAACUGGAAGAGGGUGGUCGUGUGGUCUUAGUCUAUGAGACAUUGGAUCCCAGUGGCGGAACAGCCGUGAUCCCCAGUCGAUCAUCGACCUCGACAAAACCAACCACGGGUAUUCAGCCCCGGGUGGUAACCAAGGUAUGCGAAUUUAAUUCUCUUAUCACACCCUAUUGCUGGUAA